AUGGAGUUUAUAAAUUUAGGUGAAUCAGGACUCAAGAUUUCUAAGGUGAUUGUCGGAUGUAUGUCCUACGGUGAUAAAAAGUGGGCUGAUUGGGUCCUUGAAGAUGAAGAAAAGGUAUUUGGUAUCUUAAAAAAGUGUUAUGAUAAUGGCUUAAGAACAUUUGAUACUGCUGAUGUUUAUUCCAACGGUAAAUCAGAAGAGCUUCUUGGUAAGUUUAUCAAGAAGUAUAAUAUUCCAAGAGAACGGAUCGUGAUAUUGACAAAAUUGUAUUUCCCAGUGGAUGAAACUACCCCCGGUUUCAAAUUGUCAAAUUAUAAGUCAUUUCCAGAAAGUGACUAUAUUAAUCUGCAGGGGUUAUCUAGAAAGCACAUAUUCGAUGCAGCCAAUGCUUCUGUGAAAAGAUUAGGUACAUAUAUCGAUGUGUUGCAGAUUCAUAGAUUGGACAAGCAAACACCAAAAGCUGAAAUUAUGAAGUCAUUAAAUGAUGUGGUUUUACAAGGACUUACGAGGUAUAUUGGUGCUUCAAGCAUGAAGGCCACAGAAUUCGCCCAAUUGCAAUUUAUCGCUGAAAAAAAUGGAUGGUUCAAGUUCAUCAGUAUGCAAAAUUAUUACAAUUUGCUUUAUCGUGAGGAAGAAAGAGAGAUGAUUCCUUUCUGUAAUGAAUCUGAAUUUGGAAAGGUAGGCUUAAUUCCAUGGUCGCCUAAUGCAAGAGGCCUCUUAGCAAGACCCGUGAAUAUCCAAUCUCAAUUUAAUAGAAAUCCAACAUCUGACAAAACCUUUAAGGCCUUGGGAUUGGAUGUCUUGUCUGAAAAUGAUAAGGAAAUUGUGACGAGGGUUGAAAAAAUAGCAAAAAAACGUGGCGUUAGUAUGUCAGUGGUUUCUUCGGCCUGGGUAUUAAGCAAAGGUUGUGCUCCAAUUGUUGGUAUUAAUUCGGAAGAAAGAAUUGACGACACUAUUGAGGCAGUUAAGUUGAAACUUACUGAACAAGAGAUAAAUUAUUUAGAAGAGCCAUAUGUUGCAAAAAUGCCCCUAGCAGCUUAA